AUGCCUCUGAACAAUAUUCUUGAAGUCGAAUUAUUUGACGUCUGGGGCAUCGGUUUUAUGGGACCUUUCCCUCUGUCCUGUGGUCAACAAUAUAUUCAGCUGGCAGUAGAUUACGUAUCAAAGUGGGUGGAAGUAGUAGCUUGUGCUAGAAAUGAUGCAUCGACUGUCUCUAAGUUUCUCACCAGGAACAUUUUCACACACUUUGGAACACUAAGAGCCCUGGUGAGUGACGAAGGUACGCAUUUCAUUAACCGCAUCAUUUCAAAAUUUCUUGCCAAAUAUAAUGUCAGGCAUAAUAUCGCUACCGCAUACCACCCGCAAACCAAUGGUCAAGCUGAGGUAUCGAAUCGGGAAAUAAAAUCAAUAUUGGAAAAAGUCGUCAACGUAUCGCGGAAAGAAUUGACACUGAGGCUGGAUGAAACACUUUGGGCCUACAGGACUGCCUACAAGACUCCCAUAUGUAUGUCUCCAUACUCUCUAAUAUUCGGAAAAGCUUGUCACUUACCCCUGGAGUUGAAGCACAAAGCUUUCUGGGCAUUAAAGAAGUUGAAUUUAAACUUGGACGCCGCGGGCGAUCAACGCAAACUUCAGCUCAAUGAGCUUGAGGAAUGGUGGUUGAACACAUACGAGAACAACAAGCUUUACAAGGAGAAGACCAAACGUUAG